AUGAGUAAUCCAUCAUUGUCCAGUACGCCUCAGUCGGCGUUAGGAGUUCCAGGAUAUGCGCUGGUCACAGGUGGUGCUUCAGGCAUAGGGCGUGCGAUCGUUCUAUUGCUUGCUCGAGAAGCUUGUGCAGGCAUUGCAGUGGCAGACAUCAACACUGAUGCUCUUGAGUCCGCGCGAAAGGAACUGGUAGCGAUCGCUACUGGCAAGGACUUUAAAUGCAUUACAGUCAAUGUCGACGUCAGGGAUGAAAGCUCAGUCAUGAACCUAAUCAAGACAACAGUUGAGACUUUCGGCAGAAUUGAUUACGCGGUCAAUUGUGCUGGUAUUGGGUUGAAAAAGCCCCUCGCCGACACCGAUUUAAAAGAUUGGGAUCGAAUGAUGGGCAUCAAUAUGACAGGUGUCUUCCUCUGCAUGAAGGCCGAGAUUAACCAAAUGAUGGCACAAGAGCCCACAGUCGCAUAUGGAGCAUAUGCUCCAAUGCAACGAGGCGCCAUAGUCAACAUAGCCUCCCUCUCCGCCAUCGUUGGCUUACGCCAUUCAGGUGCUUACACAUCUGCCAAGCACGGAGUAGCAGGAAUUACAAGAACAGCAGCUCUCGACUAUCCCAAGAUCAAGUGCAACGCUAUUGCUCCCGGGUACAUCAAAACGCCUCUCACGGAUGCGCCAGGGGCAAUGAGAGACAACGCCCUCAUUAAAAUCAACCACUGGACACCUAUGAAGCGUUUUGGACUACCGGAAGAGAUUGCUGAAGGCGUCGUCUGGUUGCUGGGUUCUCGGAGCAAUUUUGUACACGGUUCUUGUUUGGUAAUGGAUGGCGGUUAUCUGGCUCAGUAA